UAUUAUGCAACUAUGUCACUGAAUUUUGAUGCAGUUAUGAGAAUGGAUGCAGCCUGAGUCUCUCUGGAAUGUUGGUGGUUAUUGUUUUUAGCUGUCCGCUGCAUGUCUUGCAUGAUACCUAAUGCUGCUUGCUAUGCCGCUGGAAUCAAUGAAGUCCGGAUGGGCUUGUAAAUUUGGCUUUUUUGGAAGGAUUGAAAAGAGGUCUCUGGAUGCUCCGCGGCGCCCUGUCCUCGGCCGCCCCGUGCUUCCCAAUGGCCGGGAGUUGACCAUGAGCAACAGGAUGACGCUGCGCGAGCAGCUGAGAGAGAAGAUCUCGGCAGCCUUUUACCGGCACGGGCUGCUGUGUGCCUCCUACCCAGUACCCAUCAUCCUCUUCACCUCUGCCAGCAUCCUCACCUGCUGUUAUCCGCUGCUGAGGCUUCCCCUGCCUGGGACAGGUCCUGUGGAGUUCACCACAGGGGUGCGAGACUACAGCGUCCCUUCCCAUGAGCCUCAGGGAGAUCUAGAGCGACCUGAUUGGUACCAUGGACCUCCGGUCGCCUACAUUCAGCAGGUGUUGGUGAAGGCAGCGGUGUCGCCGUGGGACAGCAGCCUCGUGCCGGUGGAUGUGUUCCGGUCACCUCUGGGUAAAGUCUUCAGUCUGCUGGAGGAGAUCCAUAACCACGUCCACUCCGAUGGCUCUGGCGUCCGAAGCUUGGAAACGCUGUGUCUCCAGGUGACUGAUCUGUUUCCAGGGUUACGGCGGAUGCAGUCGGUGCUGCCAGAACAUGGCUGCCUCCUUGUUUCUCCUGGUAACUACUGGCAGAACCAGCGAGAUCUGUUCGACUCGGACUCGGACCUCCUCAGGACCAUUCAGAAGCACGAACCAAAAGGAUUGCACACCUCAGCAACGCUACGAGACCUGCUGUUCGGUGUCCCUGGAAAGUACACAGGAGUCAGUCACUACAACAGGAAAAGAGUGGUCACAUACACCAUCACUGUGGUGCUUUCCAGAUAUGACGCAGGCUUUCUAAACAGCCUGCGAUCCCGCCUGAAGCAGCUUCACCCCUCAGCCAACUGCAGCCUGAGAGACGACCACAUGGUUCACAUCCACUUCAAGGAGGAGAUCGGCAUCGCUGAGCUAAUUCCCCUGGUCACCACGUACAUCAUCCUCUUCGCUUACAUCUACUUUUCCACUCGUAAGAUCGACAUGGUGCGGUCCAAGUGGGGCCUGGCCCUGGCUGCCGUGGUCACAGUCCUCAGCUCCCUGCUCAUGUCUGUGGGACUGUGUACACUGUUUGGACUGACACCCACACUGAAUGGAGGUGAGAUCUUCCCUUACCUUGUGGUGGUGAUCGGACUGGAAAACGUCUUGGUCCUCACCAAGUCUGUGGUUUCAACUCCCGUUGACCUCGAGGUCAAACUCCGCAUUGCUCAGGGCCUCAGUAAUGAGAGCUGGUCUAUCAUGAAGAACAUGGCCACUGAGCUGUGCAUCAUUCUGAUUGGAUAUUUCACUUUGGUCCCAGCUAUUCAGGAGUUUUGUCUUUUCGCCGUUGUGGGGCUCGUCUCUGACUUCUUCCUCCAGAUGUUUUUCUUUACAACAGUCCUGUCUAUAGAUAUUCGGCGGAUGGAGCUGGCCGACCUGAACCGCCGCCUGCCUGCUGAAGCCGGUCUGCCACCGUCAAAACCAGGCCCCCUUCGAACACGAGAGGCCCCCCCUCCUCCCCGACCAUCCCCCCACACAAUCACCCUGCAGACCCCGGCCUUCAGGAACCUGAGGCUACCGAAGAGACUGCGCGUUGUGUACUUCCUGGCCCGCACACGCCUGGCGCAGCGCAUCAUUAUGGCUGGUACUGUAAUCUGGAUCGGCAUCCUCGUCUACACUGACCCGGCUGGAAUCCGCACCUACCUGGCUGCUCAGGUGUCUGAACAAAGCCCUCUGGGGGACCCCGUAGGUGGAGGUUUAACCCCCCAUCUGGCUGUGGCCCCAGUUUUCCGGGGCGGGGAUCCCACCAGCACUCUGAGCAUCCACCCUGCUCCCGAUCCAACUCCCCUACCUGAAAACCAAUCGCAGGGCCACAUUGCCCCAGCUGUACCGUUCCCCCAUCUUCCCUCUGUGCCACAGAUCACCUGGGGGGCCGAAGAUGAGGAGGGAUGGAGGAGGCUGUCUUUUAGACAUUGGCCGUCGCUUUUUAGCUACUACAACAUAACCUUAGCAAAGAAGUACAUCAGCCUUCUCCCAGUAAUUCCUGUCACCAUUCACUUGAGCCCCCAGGAAGCCAUUGACACGCGUCACCCUCAGGACACAAGACACCCUCCACCUUCGAUCCCUAAAGCCUCUGCAGAUUUACAGACAGACCUCACCCUCUACAAGGUUGCUGCUUUGGGUCUGGCUGCAGGGGUCCUGCUUGUUCUGCUGCUCUUCUGCCUCUACCGCGUCCUCUGCCCUCGGAACUACGGCCGAAACGGCGUGGCUCACGGGCGCCGGCGGCGAGGCGACCUGCCCUGCGACGAUUACGGUUAUUCUCCACCCGUCAGUGAGAUCUCACCUCUGCUGCUGAGGGGCCACAGUAUGGACAUUGAGUGUUUGGCCAGUGAUGGGAUGCUGCUGGCGAGCUGCUGUUUGGCCGGUCAGAUCCGUGUUUGGGAUGCCCAGACUGGCGACUGCCUGACAGUCAUCCCAAAGCAAGGAUUGAGACGAUGCAGCAGCAGUGGCUGCUGGGAGCAGAGAGACGUCUGGGACACCAGUGCAGAGUCGGAAUGUGGCUGUGAUCCUCGGGACCCCUCCAACGGCUGUGACGGGAUGUCAGAGGACGAUUGUUACCCGCUGAGACGGCGCUCCGCACCGACUCGGCCGCCUCUCUUCACGGACCAGCCCGACCUGACUCCUCUUAUAGACACCAACUUCCCCUCCCAGCCACCCUCCAACGUCUCCACACCGCCCAGAGGAGGGUUCGACUUUGGAGGCCUGGUGGAACGUGCCUACAAGGAACACGAGCCUCCAUCACCGUCUGCCUACCCCUCACCUUCCUCUGCGUCCUCCUCGCCUCCAUUAGCCACUCAGCUACAGCGAAGCCCCAGUCUGGGGGACACAUCUGGACUCUAUAACCAAGAGAGAACCUCUGGAGCGGGGACACAAUCGGCUGCAGACUGGGAAAGCUCCGUCUGGGCCAUGGAGCUGAGAGGAAAUCUGAUAGCUGCUGGGAGGAGCAGCGGUAAACUGGAGCUGUGGGACGCAGUAGAAGGGUCACUGCGGUGCUGUAAUGAAGAUGGAGUCUCUGGGAUCACAGCCUUAGCCUUUCUUAACAACAGAAUCGUGGCGGCGCGACUCAACGGGUCGUUAGAUUUCUUCACUGUUGACGUUCAUAAGCCUCUGGGUCUGCUGCAGUACAGAGGUGCCCCCGGGCGAGGCAGUAUGCCCCCGUCUCCCUGUUACAGCAGCGAGGACAUGAUCAGCUGUCAGCUCACCCGCUCAGUGCAGUGUGCGCACCAGAAGCCGAUCACGGUGCUGCGAGCGGCCGCUGGCAGGGUGGUCACCGGCAGCCAGGACCACACAGUCCGGGUUUAUCGGCUGGAGGAUUCCUGCUGCCUCUUUACCCUGCAGGGUCACUCUGGGGGGAUCACAGCCAUCUACAUUGAUCAGACCAUGGUUCUAGCAAGCGGCGGGCAGGACGGCGCCAUCUGCCUGUGGGAUGUACUGACUGGGAGCCGUGUCAGCCAUGUCUAUGGUCACCGUGGCGACAUCACCUCCCUGGUCUGCACUACCUCUUGUGUCAUCAGCUCAGGACUGGAUGAUCUCAUCUGUAUCUGGGACCGCAGCACUGGCAUCAAACUCUACUCCAUCCAGCAGGAGGUGGGCUGUGGGGCCAGUCUUGGCGUGAUCUCAGAGUCCCUGCUGGUGACGGGGGGCCAAGGAUGCGUCUCUUUCUGGGACUUGAACUUCGGCGACCUGCUGCAGACAGUCUACCUGAGCCAGAGUGGCGACGGUCAGGGCGUCCGGCAGCUGCUAGUGCUCGAUAACGCCGCCAUCGUGUGUGACUUUGGCAGCGAGCUCAGCCUGGUCUACGUUCCUUCGGUGCUGGAGAAACUGGACUGAGGAAGAGCAGCAGCCGGCACCGCUGGGAAACACUCAGAACCUCCAUUCAUCUCAUUUUUUUAUACAUCAUUCAUGAGAAGAUUAAAUGUUGAGGAAAAAAAAAAACAUCACAAGGAUCUUGGGAGAUGGAAUCAAAUCCCUCAUUCCACCAUCUUGUUUUUCUUCUAAGAGCAAGCUUGUGCGUUUGGUUGGUUGCUCUGCCCUUGAUGCUGCUGACUCAUAUGGAACCGUCUGUGAUCCAACCCUGUGAAGGACGACAAUGGAGCCAUUUCUUUAUAUUUUUUUUUAAAUUGACAGCAUCAUAAAGUCACAGUGAACCCAGCAGUUCUCUGGCCUGUUUGGAUGGACCCAGCAAACACCUUCUGAGGAGACGACAUGAUUGGGGAGGAUGUGCGAGCGUGUGCGUGCGUGGAGGGGAGAAGUGAUGAUUACUGUAAAAAGUAAACCUCCGAUGGAGGCUGUUUUUAUAUGUAUAAAUCUAUUAUUUAUUAGCUAAAUUUUUUCAGUAAUGGUUUGUUUGUGGGUGACUGAUCCCAACUCUCAAACUUUAAUAUAAAGCGGAAAUGAUGACUUCAGAUGUAGGAAAGGUGUUUGUUUGGCAGCGUUGAGCCAUUGUUUUUAAACUGGCCGUUUGUUGAUAUUGAGUUGGAGCAUUGAAGGCAUCAGUGGGAAACAUUAGAGGAGGGGGAGGGAAGGGGGGGUCUAAUUUACGCUAUUCCUUCAUCAGGCUACCUCUUCAAUUUUGUUGACUGAUGUGAACAGGUUCUUAUGGCCUUUUUUUUGCUCUUAUUUCACCUUCUGAGGUAUUUUCUUAGAUUUAAUUUGAAGAUUUUAAGUUGCUCGUUUAAGUUCUCAAUUAUCUGCAAAAAGGCUUAAAUUGGAAGACGUUUCGACUCCUGGAUAGGUGUCAAAACGUCUUCCAAUUGGCUCGGACCAGAGCCGUCUGUAGUUGGAGCGCUGAUGUAUUUAAGCAUGGAGGUCCGUCCUCCUGCACACAUUCCAGGACAGAGGCAAAGAUGCUAAUUGCUUGACUUUGAAACUUUUGGCUACAGCUGAACAGUUUUCCUCGGUCACAACUUCUGCAACAAGUUAACAGUUUACGUUCAGGGGAAUUGAAGCAGGUAACAUCUAGAG